AUGGAACUUCGAUCUUCCCAGAGCAAAUCGGCCGAGGCCUACGAGCGGCCGUUCAUCAGUGAACCUGAUGGUGUCGACACAGUGAAAACAGGCGGCACUGCCCACGAUAGGCGGGAUAUGUGGAGAAUUGGAAGGAAGCAAGAAUUGAAUCGUAAUUUUCGCUUCCUCUCAGUUCUUGGUUUUGCGGCAGUGUUGAUGUGUACAUGGGAAGCGGUGCUCUUCGGGAGUUCCUAUGGCUUGACAGAUGGCGGCGUCGGCGGCAUGAUCUACACAUACAUCGGAGCCCUAGUCGGCAACGUAGCAGUUAUCCUCUCCAUGGCAGAAAUGGCGUCCAUGGCGCCCACAUCAGGAGGCCAAUACCACUGGGUCUCCGAGUUUGCCCCGGCCAGUUGCCAGAAAUUCCUUAGCUAUGUCACCGGCUGGCUGUGCGUGCUGGGUUGGCAUACAGGCAUAGCUGGAGGUUCAUAUACAGUGGCUAAUAUGCUGGUUGGGUUGAUCUCGAUCAACUAUCCUGACUCGUAUGAGCCCCAUCGGUGGCAUGGGACGUUGUUCGUCAUUGCUGUCGCCUUGGUGGCGUUCUUUUUCAACACGUUUCUCGCGCAGAAGCUACCGAUCAUCGAGGGGAUUAUUCUGAUCAUCCAUGUCUUUGGAUUUUUUGGGAUCCUGAUCCCGCUGUGGGUGCUUGCGCCGAGGAGGUCUGCGGCAGAUGUCUUUGGUUCCAUCGAGGAUCGGGGAGGAUGGGGCAAUAAUGGGUUGGCGUGUUUGGUUGGACUCGUGGGUCCUGUAUAUGCCUUGAUCGGUCCCGAUUCUGCUGUGCACAUGGCGGAAGAAAUUAGAGACGCAUCCAGAACUCUACCCCUGGCAAUGGUAUGGACACUGGCCAUUAAUGGCAUCACGGGUCUAGUCAUGAUCAUCACCUUUGCCUUCUGCGUGGGAAACAUCGACAAUGUUCUCUCCAGCAAAACCGGAUUCCCAUUUAUCCCGGUAUUUCUGGACACAACGAACUCUGUUGCAGCAACCACCGGCAUGACGGUCAUUAUCAUGAUCAUGCAGUUCUGUUCGGCCGUCAGCAACGUCGCCACAACGUCGAGACAACUCUAUGCCUUUGCCCGGGACGACGGACUGCCGUUCUCCAAGUUUCUAUCCAGCGUCAACCCACGGUUCAAAGUCCCGCUGAACGCACUCUUCACGAGUCUCAUAAUCGUAUCCUUGCUGUCGUUAAUCAAUAUCGGUUCAUCUGUUGCUUUCAAUGCUAUCAUGUCUCUUGGCACGGCGUCGUUGUUGUCCUCGUAUAUCGUUUCGACGUCCUGCGUGUUCCUGAGGCGUUGGCGUCGGCAACCCUUGCCCCCAGCCCGCUGGAGUUUGGGACCAUUCUCUAUUCCGGUGCAGGCUUUUGCCAUUUUGUUCCUGAUUCUAACCUGGAUAUUCUGUUUCUUCCCUCUAGCACGACCAGUCACGGCGGACAAUAUGAACUGGAGCGUUGUUGUCUUCGGAGGAGUGGUGAUUUUGUCGUUGUCUUAUUAUGUUCUUCAUGCAAAGAACGUGUAUACCGGGCCAGUGACGCGGGUGAGGCCGGUGGAUUAA